AUGGAUGGGCUCAUUGCUGGUGCUAGCGACGCUGUCAGUGCCCGGUAUCUAGUUGUUGCUACAGUUGCAUUUCAGGCGUAUGAUUACUUAAUUAGCUUGGAUGACGAGAUACAAUUAGUUUGGACGAACAACCUUGAUUUGCGCCAUGUACACUUUUUUCUUAACCGCUACGUCCCGUUCACAACUUCGCUUCUGUCCUUGUACUACGUCGUAUUAAACGAUGAUUUGAAGGGUUGCAGCACUGGUUUUGGAUCUCUAGUCUUCAUGACUGUGAUCGGUAUGCUCAUUGCCGAAUUCACUGUCUUCCUUCGUGUCGAUGCGGUAUGGGGCCAUAAGCGAAUCGUCCGCAUUCUUAUAGCUACCCUCUACCUGCAUGUUAAAAUGAACUCUGUUUUGCCUAUAUAUUUCAUGUCUGGUUGCCUGUACUUUCAUGAUGACAGGAAAGUAUGGAUAGCGCUCCUUUGUUAUUCGCUCUGCGAGUUUGUUGCGCUUGCUCUCCUACUUUCCAAGACAUUGAUGGGAUCCCGUUACACAAGUUCACCUAUCAUGCACAAUUUACAUCAAGAUGGUAUGGAGCCGGAAUGA